UUGAUGCCAUGAAUGGCCUUGACGUAACUUCUAGGCCCGUUCCAUCUUUCCUCUCCCCACAAUCCCCACAUCUCCACCUCCGCCACCGAAGACUUCAGCUUUCCCAGCGACAACACUGCAUUAUUUGUCCCUCGGACAUCUGGUGGCAAGAUGCCGAAUAUCGUCAUUAUUGGGACGUGUGACACCAAGUUACAAGAGCUGCUUUAUCUGCGUUCUCAGAUUCUCGGCCAUGCUGGAGUCGAGUCGAAAGUUACCCUGGUCGAUGCCGGUCGCUCACCAACCAAGCACGAGUCGAUCACCGUUUCUCAGGACACUCUCACGUCCGAGUAUGCUCCGAAGGACAGUCGACAGGAUGUUGCGAGUGCACAGCGAGGCGAUGUCAUCAACUACAUGAUCAAAUGCGCAUCCAAUUGGCUUAAGCAGACGUACGAGGCAGGGCUGGGCAACCCUGACGUAGCCAUCCACGGCAUCAUCAGCGCAGGUGGCACGGGCAACACCUCUCUGGCCUCUGGAGUUAUGCGAGCCGUCCUUCCAAUCGGCUUUCCCAAACUAGUCGUCAGCACCAAUGCAUCCGCAGACGUCAGCCCCGUGGUGGGCGAGACGGAUAUCUGCAUGAUGCCCUCCAUCGUUGAUAUUGCCGGCAGCAAUCAACUUUUGCACCGUAUCCUCUCCAACGCUGCGGGUGCAAUAGUUGGCAUGAGUCAAGCAUACGAACACAGCCUGACCUCUCGACCCACUGGCAGUCAGGCCCAGCAGAAAAGGCGAGUAGGUCUGUCAAUGUUUGGAGUGACCACGCCCGCGGUCGAUAAGAUUCGCCAGUACCUCGAGGACAACUACCCUAUCGAAUGUUACAUCUUCCACAUGACCGGCACAGGAGGCAGAGCACUGGAACGUCUCGUUGCAGAGGGAGGUCUCGACGCCGUCUGCGACGUUACCACCACCGAGCUGUGCGACUAUCAAUGCGGCGGAGUCAUGAGCGCCGGCCCAGACCGUCUUCAAGCCGCACUGCAAGCCGGGAUCCCCUACAUUAUUUCUUGCGGAGCUUUGGACAUGUGCAACUUCGGCCCAAAAUCCACCGUGCCGGACAAAUAUCAGUCGCGCAAGCUCUACGAGCACAAUCCAACAGUCACAUUAAUGCGUACGAAUUCAGAAGAGAGCAAAGCAAUUGCCGAGUUCAUGGUGGAGAAGCUCAAGCGAUACACAAGAGACAAGAGCAAAGUGCAGGUCAUUUUACCCCUUGGCGGCGUGUCCGUCAUUGCGACUCCUGACGCCCCAUUCUACGAUGCCGAUGCCGAUGCCGCGCUCUUUUCGACAUUGAGCGAUGGGUUGGAAGGGUCGGGUUUUGAAGUUGUGAGGGAUGACCGCGCCAUCAACGAUGAGGGAUUUGCGAUCGAUGCUGCGAAGCGGCUGGCCAGUCUGAUGGGAAUAUGAGACUGCUGUAUCGCAUCGGUUGGUUGAACCACAGAUCGAUGAUUGGAGAUAUUGCAAACGAUGUAAGACGUAGCAUCAUGAAGU